AUGGCUGAGCCAACGGCAGUCCUGGCACUGCAGCCCAUUCCCAUUCUCAAGGGUGAGAUCAACCUCAAGCAAUGGAAACGCGCAGUGCGUCAGCAUGCCACAUAUUUUGGUAUCCUCGAACACAUAGAGACCAACUUGGUCCUGCCAGAGGAUGCUACACACAUUCAGAAAGUCACAUUCACGAGAUCCAGAGUCCACGCCCACAUGUUGUUGACGUCAACAAUCGCUCCAGUUGAGGCCCAACUGGAAGCUGCAGGCUGGGAUGAUGAGGAUGACAGUCCUCACACUCUCGGGAGUCUCAUUGUGAAGAAUAUUCACAAAGUCUCUGAGAAUUCAGUAACCCAACUAUUCCGCCAAUUCAUGAAUCUCAAACUGGAACAGGGCAUGCUGUUGAGGGAUUUCAAUGCCAAAUUUCAUCGGCUUUUGAACCGCCUUGCAGAACUCGACCUUGUCAUGCCAGAGAAGGCGAAGAUCCUCAUGAUCCUUGAGGCUGUCAAGACCCGCUACCCUGAGUGGCACAGAUCUCCUCUUCUGGAUCUGCCAUUUUCUUUUAAUAGUUUCUGUGGUGUACAUCCAGAAAGAACCCUCGACAGAAGAUGCCAGACCCAGAACCCCGCCUCUGGGCAGGAGUAG